AUGUUUGGAUCAAAUCGUGCUUAUAAAAGUUCAAAUAAUUUACGAGUUGAUUCAAAGGUGCAUAACUACGAAAUCACGGGACAAUGGCACUUAGAAGGUGUCAGUGAUGAUGGUAAAUACCGUCAUCUCUAUUGCGACCUUGUGGUAAAGAAAGAAAAUGACGAUAAACCCGUAGCACUUUUGGAACUUUUGGUGACUGCGUCCUCACCAACAUUAGAAGAGCACUAUGAACAAGUGUUAAGAUAUGCUCAACAACUCUGCCCAUUAGAGGUAUGGGUUGUUCAUUUUUCACGUGAGGACGACGUUGCCAAAAGUCCCUAUUGGCCACGUGAGGAGAAGAGAAUAAAUGUCGUGCAUUUUUGGCACGACAAAGAUUUUUCCAAUGUUCGUAUGAGUUAUCGGACUUUAGAUAACUCUGGUGGCUUUAAAGAAGUCAUCGAUGCACAAGUCCUUCCUUAA